CGUUUGGAUGUUGUGCUGAGGGACACGGUUUAGCGAGAACCAUUGGUGAAGGGCGAAUGGUUGGACUGGGUGAUCCCGUGGGUCUUUUCCAACCUUAGCGAUUCUAUGAUUCUAUGAUCGCCUCCUGAUGCUCUGCACACCAGCCGAGGAGCGGCGCUUCCCCGUGGGCGGAGGGGCACGCGUCACAGCCAGAGCAUUGUGACGCAAUCACCCUGCAGAGUAGCAGAAGCACCGCUCCCUGGGCACAGAGAGCACUUGGUGCUGAGCACUGGCACUGCGAGGAGGUGGGAGAGAUUGGGAGAGGAGACUGAAGGCAGAGAGUGCCCCCGGUGCCCUCCCAGCCCACAGCGUGGUCGAGGACUGUCGCGAACUCAUCCGCAGCUGUGCGCACUGAGCGCUGAAGCCAUGGCAGAGAAGUACUCCAGUGAAAUGCUGGCGGUAGACAACGCUGAGUCAGGCGCACUGCUGGAGGAGCUCAUGGAGUGUAAGAAGAGGUCUGCGGAGCUGGCAGCUGUUCUCCGAGAGCAGACCAAAAUCCGUCAGGCACUGAAGGAGGAGGUGGAAAUGGAGAUGAAAAACCUCCAGAAGGCACAACGGAGGGCCCAAAAGCGCACUGCGCCCAGGAGGAAGACGGCACGCAGGGAAGAGCACAUGAGUUCCCUGCUGCAGGAGACAGUGGCUGUGCGAUUGGAUGAGCAGACGGCAGCACAGAAGCAUCCACUUGUAACUUCCUGGCUGCGGAGGUUUCUGCUGUUCUUGGGCCUGCUGCAGCUUGUUUUCUUCACCCUAGUUGUGCUGCAGAAGGACAUCCUCCGCUGGGUCCUGCCUGCAGAGCUGGCACCUGCCCUUGGCAUCCGUCCACCUACGCCCGCUCUUUUCUGACCCCAGAACACACUGCGGCCCUUCAUCGGGACAC